AUGAAACCCCCUUCCACUCUUUUCCUCAAAACCCAAAUCCCUUCUCCUAUAUUGCUCUUCUCAACUUCCAAAGGAACGUUCAAUGCUAAAUUGCUUCCGAAUUUGUGCUUCUGUAAGAGUAUUCAAACGAGUUCGUAUGAAGUUGCUAAAGGAAGUUACGUUCCUACUCCCACUGUGGAUUUGCCAAAAGAAAAUAUUAUAGUGGAAAAGCCAUCUAGAACAAUUGAAUCUGUUGGAGCAUUUCAAAAGUUGCCUAUAGUAAUGCCAUCUAUUGACAUUCUGGGGUCAGCACUGAGAAAGGCGAGGAGGGUUUCUGCAACAAAAGGAAUCGUCAAUAUUGCAAAAAGAGAGAAAAACAAAGGUGCAAAACAACUUGACGCGUUGAUGAAAGAACUUGCUGUUCCAUUGAGGACGUAUGUGGAGAGCUUUCCCAAUAAAAGACACCUUCAUCCUUAUGAAAGGUCACUUAUUGAGUUGACACUUGGUGAUGGGUACUAUGAAAAGGUGCUAGGGAAUGUAGAUCGUUUGAGGAAGAGGGUAGUAUCUGUUGGAAAAGAACAUGCUUCACUUUGUGCUAAGUCUACGACAAAGCGUGAAGCAGAGGAAAGACUGAAUGAGGGCCUUAAAAUAAUUGAAGAGAGUUUUGGUCAAGAUCGGAAUGUUGUUGAAGAUUUGUUAAACAUAGCGAAGACUCUGAGGGCAAUGCCUGUAAUUAAUUUGGAAACAUCAACUCUCUGCCUUGUUGGAGCCCCUAAUGUAGGCAAAUCUUCUUUGGUCCGUGUACUCUCUACUGGCAAGCCUGAGAUUUGCAACUAUCCCUUCACAACAAGAGGAAUUCUUAUGGGUCAUAUUAUUUUUGACCAUCAGAAGUUUCAGGUAACAGAUACCCCAGGUCUGCUGAAGAGACAUGAAGAUGACAGAAAUAAUUUGGAAAAGUUGACCCUUGCUGUCCUUCAGCAUCUACCAACAGCAGUUUUGUAUGUUCACGACCUUUCAGGGGAGUGUGGGACCUCACCGUCAGAUCAGUUUUCAAUAUACAAAGAAAUCAAAGAAAGGUUUCCUGGACAUUUAUGGCUCGAUGUUGUCUCCAAAGCAGAUCUAUUGAAGACCUCUCCUGUGAUAUAUGCAACAGAAGACCGUGAUCUCACACAACAUGAGCUGGAGAAGUACCGUAAAGCAGGUCCUGAUGGAGCUAUUAAUGUGUCUACGACCACACAGGAAGGAAUACACGAGCUGAAGCACAGAGUGAAUGAGCUUCUGAAUAUGCAGAUGGCCAAGAUCAGAGAUGUAAGCAACAACCAAGAGAAGUGA